AUGUCAAAAAAAUCACACGGUGGUAAACCACCACACAAAUGGACUGGUUACUUCUGUAUUUCAGAUGAAAAAUGGAAUAAAACUUAUAAGACUGCUAAAUGUUUAGCUUGUAUUAAUGCUAAUGAUCUGUUAUUGAUAGUUAAAGAAAUGAAUAAUAAGAGAGAAAAAUGUCAAAACCAUUUAAGAGAUUGUUUACGAUUUAAGGCUCAAUUUAAUGAAGAAGAAUGGGCUUCUAUAUAUGCUAGUAUUCUUCAGGAACAAGAAGAUGAUCGUCAAAAACGGUUAAAAAAAGCACAUAGUAAAAAACGUUCAAGAGAAGUUUAUGAUGAUAAUCAAGAUGUAACUUCUUUAGUUUCUACACUACCAAGUAUCAAUUUAACAAGAUCCUUAUCUACAUAA